AUGCAAUAUGAAGCGCUUACCAUUCCCGAUGUAGUGCUAAUCACGCCCAAGCUCUUCGAAGAUGAGCGAGGAUUUUUCUUUGAGUCCUUUCGCCAAAACGAAUUCGAGAAACACUGCGGUUGUUAUCAUUUCGUGCAAGACAAUCAUAGUGCAUCUUCCCAAGGCGUGCUAAGAGGCCUUCACUACCAAUUGAAAUAUCCGCAAGGCAAGCUGGUGCGUGUGACAAAGGGAACGGUAUUUGAUGUUGCAGUUGAUCUAAGAGUGAACAGCGAUACCUAUGGUCAUUGGGUAGGAAGAACGCUGGAUGACCAAAAUAAACAAAUGCUAUGGGUGCCCCCGGGGUUUGCUCACGGCUUUUACGUGAUAAGUGAGUAUGCUGAAUUCCAGUAUAAAUGCACAGAAUACUAUGUUCCUGAUGAUCAAUACGCUAUCGCGUGGAACGACGAAGACAUUGGAAUAAUAUGGCCCCUAUCAGGCGAAAGUCCAUUAAUUUUGUCUGAAAAGGAUAAGAACGCAAAGGAGUGGAAGAUGAUAACGCAUAAUAAUAAAUAUUAA